GGAUUGCUGUGUGUGCUGCUGCUCAUUCACAAUAUCCUUAAUUCCUGCUGUUAUUGAAGUAUGCUGCCAAGGGAUCAAGAAGGCGAAACCAUCUCUGUGUGGGUGCGAGACCCUAAAGUACAGAAAGAAGAUUGGCAUUCUUAUGUGGAUUAUGAAAUAUGUCUUCAUACAAAUAGUAUGUGUUUUACCCUGAAAACGUCAUGUGUAAGAAGGAGGUUUCGGGAGUUUGUAUGGCUUCGCCAAAAGCUUCAGAGCAAUGCUGUAUUAACUCAACUACCAGAACUACCUCCCAGAAUACCAUUUUUUAAAAUCUCUAAUAGUCAAAAUUUGGAGCAGCGUGUCCGUGGAUUGCAAGAGUUCUUAAACAAGGUUUUGCACUGUCCAGUUCUGCUCUCUGACAGCCGACUUCACCUUUUCCUACAAACCCAGCUUGGUGCAGAAGAAAUUGAUGCCUGCGCAUCUGGAAAAACAGAAUAUACCGUUUUUGAAGCCAUUCACAAGUUUGCCAACUCGAACCGGCGGUUUCCUGUGGAAGAGGAAGAGAAAACAAGUCAUUACUUGGAUCCCGAGAGUUCAUCCUCAAAGCUUGGAUACAAGUGUGAUGGUGAUUUCGUGCAUGGAUGCAACCUAGACAAAGAACGUGAAGAAGUGUGGACUACUAUUCUGCCUCCAAAGUAGUUUGGACUCUGGACAUUUUAGUUUUAUUUGUUCAGUAUUUAAUACCAGUGUGUGAAAACUGUAACAGCUUUCAUUUGGCAUUGUCAAACACUGACCCAGAUACCCAUGUACAGCAAUGCCAAUGUAUUUAAAGGGAAAAACCUUUUUAUAUAUAGUAUCAAAUUUGCAGAUUAAUGAAGGCUAAUUAAAAUAAUUUCACCAUCGGUGGGUUUAUAGUAGGUCAAGUCAUGUAUGCCGGCACAAACUCCUGACACUCCUGGGGCUGCAGAUCCCCGACUCCACAGGAAGAGGUGAAUCGAAUCUUUCCUUGUCCCCGACUCCACAGGAAGAGGUGAAUCGAGAUCUGCUGAUGCUCACACUAUUUACUUUACAGCUAGCAUUCGUCAUCUUUUUCUGGCAGCGGCACGGCAGAUGUCGGGAAGGUGCCUGUGUGAUUCUGCACAAGAAAAAAAAAAACACUAGGAGCCAAACUGCUUUUUAAAAAAACUUUUCAAUAUAUGUUAGUAUAGUUUUGUGUGAACUUUCCUUUAAAUUAAAUGUUUUUUUUGUGUUUAGAUACUUGCUCACUGAAACAGUCUGUAACAAAAUACAUUUUAAGCAUAUAUAUAUAUGUGUGUGAGAAAAUCUGAGGGUAGCCGUGACACACAGCAGAUUGCACCCUGUAGUGGCAUAGAUAACUACUGAUUUAGCCUUCAUUUAGUCACCACUGGUAGAGUUUCACAGAGACCUUGCAGUUUCAUUUGACAAAUUGCACUCAUUCCCUGCUCCUUAAAACAAGCCACUUAAACUGCAAUAACUGCUUUGGGGGGAAUAAAACCUUUCUGAAUGGUCACUUGUUAGUGAAUAUUAUGUGCACUUUAUUGCUGCCUCCUCAUGAAGCCAAUGAACUGUUUUUUUUUUUUGUUCAGAUUAUUGUUAAGUUUUGUUUGUAUUUUUGCUAUGUUACUGUGAUUUUUAUUUUGCUGCUAUUGCUGACUACUCAAUACAUUUUUUUUCUUUGUUUGUAAGCCAUUAUAUACAUUGUAUGUUAUGUUCUAAUUUAAGGACAUGUCAAAUAAAAACAAAGUACACAAA